AUGGCAGCGCCUAACACGGAAUAUACUUCUGUAAUAGAGGAUCUGCAGCAACCCGCAAAGAACGCGACCACCCUGGGAGGAGAUCCUGACAAACAGCCUGCAUUAGAAAGAGGGAAUCGCUGGGAACACGAAAGCUUAAGUAUAGGAUUCGAAGAUUUGGAAGAUGGUCUCUUCGAGUGGGGGGAUUAUAAUGCAGAGUUCGAUGACCUAUUAGCAGACACGCCUUCUUUGCCCCAAGAUCUACGCCAGCAUGCGACGCAACCACAGAUCCAAAAUCACCAAGCCUCCGAAGCUGUAUACAGCAGUGACUUGAGCUCAUAUCCUCUCACCGAGAAGCGGAAAUGGACCCAAAUCGAUGACUUUGAUUCUUGCAUCUCAUCAAAGAAAUGCCCUCGGACGACGACCACCACGCCAGGGCUUUCGGAUGCCACAGGAGUCUACAGAACAGCCAAGCCGGCAGUACCAGUAGCAAAAGAACUGCACAGUAUAUCUACAUUCUUGCCAUACCCUACACAACAGUCGCAGUUUACUCCCGCCUCACGAAACGCUAUAGGAAACUUCGAAGGGGAUGUUCGCUCGCGCGUGGAUAACGAACAGGUACGCAACACAGGCUUUCAGGCUCAAAGAGUCGACAACAUGGAUACAGAGAGAAAUCUGCAGCCUAUGGCGGAGACUUUUAGUUUUACCGAGUAUCUGAUGGAAGACCAUAACGAAGAAUUCGGCAUGGCGGACUUUGACUUGGCUAAGGAGCUUCCAGACGAGACUUUAAACCCCCCAGACGCGCAACUUAACGCUCCAACACCCUUGAAUGGACAAAGAACGGUCAGAUUGGCAUCGCUUGCAACGCCAGUUAAGAGCCAUGAAUCCGACUGGAAGUUAUGGAAUAGCGACACAAGACCUAGAAAGAUAGACGAAGCUAUAUACACAUCGAUCUCAGGAAUAGGACAUGAGUUCAAGCGGUCAAAACCAAAUAGCAGCCGACCGAUUCAAGGUUUUCAUAAGCGGGUUCAGCAAAAUGGGGUGUUUGACUAUGCCAGAACACCGACAGCCCCGAGUCUCACUGGUUCUAGCAACAGUCUCAUGCACAGCAAGAACCAAGACGUGGAAGGCACAACAUCGACCCAAAAUGUUAGCCAGCUUCCACUUGGAAUUGAUGUAGGCGAUCUUUGGCCCCUCUCCGAACUUUUCACAGGUGACACAUUUACAUCUCUUGCUAUGGAUAUUUCCACGCUCCGAAUUCUUCGUUCGAAUCUGGUAGCCCUGGCAAGCCACAGAUUUCAAAAUUCGCUACCAGAGAGGGUAAAACUGGACAACUAA